AUGGAAAAUUUGAAAUCCAAGAGGAUAUAUUUUGAUGCGGAAGAUCGACCGCCACCAUCCUAUUGGCAUGGUGAAACACCAAUGCAACAAUCAAAUGAUGACAAUUUUAGAAUGUCGCAUGAAAAUGGAAAUUUGUCUUUAUCGAAACAAACUAAAACUAAACUAGAUCCUGAAGAAUGGUUAAAAGCACCAGAAUUUGUUCCUCGAUCGAGGCAAUUUUUGGAUGAAUCGUUUCGCUCUGAUGGAAUAAUAUUUGCGAAUAAUUUGCCAGUUAAUAAUUCAAUCAAUGGAGUUGUUUUACCUAAUAAUAUUUUAAGACAACAAGCUCAGGCUCAUGUUGUAACUGGAGUACCAUUUUCACCCGUUCGUACUGUUCUUGAUCUACCGCAACCAAUGAUGUCUACACAAAAUUUGGUACCAUUUGCAAUAGGGCAGCCAACACCAUAUUUUAUGCCAACUGCAACUGUUGCACCACCACCACCACCACCACCACCACCUCCUCCACCAUCCACUGCAACGAUUAUACGUUUUCCGAUACCACCAAUCAAUCAGACAGCUUUUGCUUUACGUGAUGCGCUUGCGAUGGUACCACCUGGAUAUUCCGCCAAUAUUGCUCAUAUAAAUUGCAAGUGA